CAUCUCCUCCUUCUCCACUUUGGUCUUCCACGCCCACUUCCAGUUCCCCACACUCGCCUCCAUCUUCUUCUCUUCGAGAUGCUUCUUAGGAUUGCGUCGUCUCCGGCCGCCGUCGCCGCGGCUAGCCAGCUCUCUGCGUCAAGCCCGGCCCACGGUUAUGCGAGGCUGCCGCCGUUAGCGAAAGUGUCGUCGACGGCGUGCAGGGCCGCGGGGAAGGGGAAAAAAGAGGAGGUACUCCUCAGCGGUGUGAUGUUCCAGCCGUUCGAGGAGCUCAAGGGGGAGCUUUCGCUCGUGCCGCAGGCCGAGGGCCAGUCGCUCGCCAGGCAAAAGUUCGUCGACGAAUGCGAGGCCGCCAUCAACGAGCAGAUCAAUGUGGAGUACAAUGCCUCGUACGCGUACCACUCCCUCUACGCCUACUUCGACCGGGACAAUGUUGCUCUCAAGGGCUUUGCCAAGUUCUUUAGGGAAUCGAGCGACGAGGAGAGGGAACACGCGGAGAUGCUUAUGGAGUACCAGAACAGACGUGGAGGGCGGGUGAGGCUCCAGUCUAUCGUGACCCCAUUGACAGAGUUCGACCACUCUGAGAAAGGGGAUGCUCUGUAUGCAAUGGAGUUGGCUCUAGCUCUUGAAAAGCUCGUGAAUGAGAAGCUGCACAACCUGCACUCUGUGGCAACAAGGUGCAACGAUCCUCAGCUGAGUGACUUUGUUGAGAGUCAAUUUCUUCAGGAGCAGGUUGUCGCCGUGAAGAAGAUCUCCGAGUACGUGACGCAGCUUAGGAGAAUCGGCAAAGGGCACGGGGUGUGGCACUUUGAUCGGAUGCUGCUCGAAGAAGAGGCCUAGAGAUCAGGCCAUGAAUAUGCAUUGCUGCUCAGGGGAAGAUGCAUGUAGGUCACAACUCACAACUGUCAAGUAGUGGAUCAGCCAACCACUGUGGAUGUGUUUCUUGGGUUUUUCAGUGGGUUUAUUGAGUCGUAUGUAAGGUGUUUGCGUCCUCCAAAAGAACAUGGCGCACUGAAAGUACUUCCUCCGUUCCAAACUACUCGUCGCAGAAAUGGAUGUAUUUAGAACUAAAAUACAUCUAGAUACACCCAUACCUGCGACAAGUAAUUCGGAAUGGAGGGAGUAGUAAGUAGUAGAACAUGUGAACUAUGUUACUUCUGUGCAUGUGCUGCCAGUGGAUACAUUUGAAAUUCGCAAUAAAGCCAGGACUAUAUGUAGGGUCUUGGGUAAUUCUAGUCUGA